CCGCAAGUCCUCUCUCCACCCACCCUUUUUUAAUUUUUAGGUUGUUCCAUCCAUCCUACCUCGUCGCCCCCCUCGCCCGCUCUCAUUCAAGCAAAGCUGCACCGUGCAAAAAACAAAAACAAAACUCUAGCAAAAGAGGGGCGAUGGAAGAGUCUUUAAGAACGCGCUGCAAAGUUCAUGGCAACUCCCUUUGCUCCCAGCAAAGCGUGCCUGGCGAUGCAGCUUUGUUAUGGGGAGACGUUGCUUAUUAAUUUAUUUAUUUGUUUGCUUGUUUACUUGCUUGCAAGGGGUUCCAGGGUAGGAUUAUGGUUUUUUGCAUGGGCGGGAUGUUUUUUCGCUUAAAGGAGGGAGGAGGACGCCGGAAGGGUUGCUGGAAUGGUGGGACAGAUUGCGCACAGCCCGGCAGCGAGGAGGGUGCGCGCGUGUUGCUUACUGCUGUUGCUUUUCCGUAAAAUAAUACUUUGCUCCGGCAAGGUUCGGGUUUCCUUUGGCCGUUCUUCCACCUCGGUUUCUGUAACUUCGUUGUCUCCGCCCCCCCCCCUCUCCUCUCUCCUCCACCCGCUAUAUUUCUUUUUCCACUUUUCCAUCCAAGUUGGCUAGACGGGCGAGCUGUGCGCAACUUCUUGGAAAGUUAGGAUGCUCUCCUUCUCCUCCCGCCCGCCCCGCCCCCCCAACCAAUCUGCACCCGCUAUGGUUUUGGAUUCACACAGAUAAGAGGGGAGAAAAUUCCCUACCCCACCCCAAUCCUCUUAGGUUUAUGCCAGGGAAAGGCUUCAUUUGCUUUUGUUCACGUCAGUCUCCCUGGACAAAUUCACGCAGGGAGAAGGCUAUCAAGGCUACUAGCCAUGAUGGCAGUGUGGUGUUGAACUGAAAAGUGCAGAAGAGGACAGAGAUGCAUUGGGGCAUCUGAUUGGCCGCUGUGAGAAUAGGAUGUUGGACUUCUAAGAUGGGCUGUUGGCCUGAUCCGGAAGGCUACUGUUAAAGGAACAGAUAUGGGUGGAUGGGGAUUUCCAAGCUUCCCAGAAUUGCCUUGGGAGUAAAGGUAAGGUAUAUGUGAGGUGGGGAUGUUGAUCUUUGAGAUUUUGUUCUUAGCCAUUCCGGAAAGGAGUGCUGCAUGUGGAAGGUACAGGGGUCAGCAAACUUUUUCAGCAGGGGGCCAGUCCACUGUCCCUCAGACCUUUUGGGAGGCCGGACUAUAUUUUGGAAAAUAAAUAAAUGAACGAAUUCCUAUCCCCCACAAAUAACCCAGAGAUGCAUUUUAAAUAAAAGCACAUAUUCUGCUGAUGUAAAAACACCAGGCAGGCCCCACAAAUAAGCCAGAGAUGCAUUUUAAAUAAAUGGACACAUUCUACACAUGUAAAAACAUGCUGAUUCCCCGUCUGCAGGCCGAAUUUAGAAGGUGAUUGGGCCAGAUCCGGCCCCCGGGCCUUAGUUUGCCUACCCAUGGCUUAGACUAGGCACCCCCAAACUGCGGCCCUCCAGAUGUUUUGGCCUACAACUCCCAUGAUCCCUAGCUAACAGGACCAGUGGUCGGGGAAGAUGGGAAUUGUAGUCCAAAACAUCUGGAGGGCCGAAGUUUGGGGAUGCCUGGCUUAGACUGUCAGCAGCGUCCCAUUUUUAUUUGCAUGCCUCAGUUUCAUGUGCUGGAUUUUGCUGGUGGCUGUUUCUUCGUCUGUUUCGUUGCAAGUACUUUUAUCCCACUCUUCAGUUGCGGGUGGGGGAAGACCCCAAAGUGGCUCUCAAAGUUCAGUCGUAAGACAGUGCUGUCAUGUUGACAUCCUAAAAGGAAAGGCACAAAAGGAAAAGGAUUUGGAGGGAGGACAAAGAAAACAAACUCGGGCACUCAGUUGCAUUUUGGGUUAGCUUGUUUUUGUAGUUUUAAGAUUAUCGUUUUCAGAGGCUGCUGCUACUGCUGUCUUGCUGGUGUGGAAGUGAGAGGGUUUGCUCAACAGGUUUAACCAGAAGUAUUUUUUAAAUGCCUAAAACCUUGCCUUGUGCAACGUCGUCAAACUAUGGAUAUUUACUCAAGAAUAGGCAUUGCUGUGUUCAAGGGGAUUUACUCCCAGAGCCACCCUCUUCCAGGCUGCAUAACGAGGAUUUCCCAAGUCUCCAAGCUGGACACUCUCCUUUGAGUUUCGACAACUUCGUUUUGGAUAUUAAAUGUAUCAGAAAGUAGACUCCUCGAAACGCUUGAGCAGCAGCCCAGAAUGUACUGGUGCGUGGGAACGGAGGACUCUGAGGACGACAGCAAGAGAGACAUGGCGGCACAAGACGAUCCCAUGGGCAUGGGGGGCAGACAGUCCACUGCUGGGGGUCUCUCCAUUGGCCAGGAUCCAGCGACAGAGACUGUGGAGGGCGCUUACAGAGGUGGAGAAUUCGGCAGAGCCCAGGAACUGAUUAAAGCAGCUUGUCAGGAAAACAUCUCGGCAGUGGAGAAGGGUCUCCUCUUGAGUCUUUCUACUGCCUAUGGGGACCUUGAGGCCGUGAGGUAUUUGCUGAAAGAAGCAUGCGUGGCUUUGCCCCUGGAACCCAACGACGAUAACCCAGCUGUUGUGGCAGCAUAUUUUGGGUAUGCAGACGUUGCUAAAGAACUGCUGGAUUCUUUACAUGCUCCUGCAAACAUGUUGCAACUCCUGAACUGGAUGUUGGCCAUUGCUUGCCAGCAGGGCCACCUCGACGUAGCCAAGCUCUUAGUCCUGACAUACAAAGCAGACCCCGACAGCUAUGCCUUGAGAAAGAACGAGUUUGCAGCUCUGACACGAUUGCCACUCUAUGCAGCUAUGAAAGCAGGACAUGAAAAGGUUGCUGCCUUCUUGCUUGAGAAUGGAUCCUUCUUUUCUUCCUACGUCCUGGUGGACUGCCCCAGCGCAAGCAAACAAGUUCUUCGUAAAUAUUUUGUAGAAACAAUCAAGUUACCUGGGACUGCCCCAGCAAAGACAGCCCUUUCUGUGAACUGGUCGAACCUUGGGCUUCCUUGGGUGGAUCUCGAAUGGCUGAUAGACAUUUCCCACCAGAUAACUGAGUUGGACCUCUCUGCCAAUUGCUUGACCUCCCUCCCAUCUGUUAUCCCUUGGGGGCUGAUAAACCUCCAGAAACUAAACCUUGCUGAGAACCGGUUAAACAAACUGCCUGACGUACAUUCUUCAGAUGGAAUCAUCUGCACAAAGUUGCUUGAGAUCGACAUUUCCAGCAACAGGUUCCUUAUUCUUCCUUCUGGAUUCCUGCACCUUUCUAGACUCCAAAGGCUUGUGGCUUCCAAAAAUUAUCUUGAAAAGUUAUUGGAUGCGGAGAAUGCAGGUAACUGGAUUGGAUUAAGGAAGCUGCAGGAGCUGGACAUCUCUGACAAUAGGUUGUCAGAGCUGCCCACCCUCUUUCUCCACUGUUUGAAAUCCUUGAAUGUCCUGAAUGCAUCCAGGAAUAACCUGAAGGUGUUUCCUCAGCCAUGGGCCUGCCCCUUGAAAUGUUGUAAAGCCGCUAGAAAUGCAAUCGAAUUCCUCCCAGAUACUUUGGCCGUUUUCUGGAAAAAUCAUCUCAGGGAAGUGGAUUUUUCUGAUAAUUCCCUGAAAGAAGUUCCCCAGUGUCUCUUCCAGCUCGAAGCACUGGUGUCCUUGAAACUCUCAGGAAACCGGUUAGUCACAUUGCCUUCUCAGGAGAAGUGGACUUGCAGGCAGCUGAAAUCGCUUGAUCUCUCGAGGAACCAGCUUGGAAAAGCUGGCGAAGGGUGCAGAACUAAGCGGAUUUCAUUUUUCACUACAAGGAGCAGAGCACGUUCUGGCACCGAUUCGGGUUCCAACUUGGAGUUUCCUGAAUUCCUGUGCGAGUCUCUGGAAGUCUUGUGUCUCAAUGACAACCAUCUAGACUCUGUUCCGCAGUCAGUCUGCCUUCUGAAAGGCUUAUCAGAGCUUUACUUGGGAAAUAAUGCCGGCAUACAAGAACUUCCUCCUGAACUUGGCCAACUGGUUAAUCUUUGGCAGCUGGAUAUUGAAGAGCUAAAUAUUGGCAACCUCCCUGCAGAGAUCAGAAAAGAGGGGCCCAAGACCAUUUUAGCUUACCUGCGAGCCCAGCUACGCAAAGCAGAGAAAUGCAACCUGAUGAAAAUGAUUGUGGUGGGUCCUCCGCGCCAGGGCAAGUCUACACUGAUUGAGAUCCUGCAGACAGGGAAAGCUUCCCAUUCGAUGCCCAGCGAUGGCACCAUCCAGACUACAAAGUGGGAGCUUCAGAGACCGGCUGGACUCAAAUCUAAGGUUGAUUCAGUUGAGUUUAACGUCUGGGAUAUUGGAGGCCCUGCCAGUAUGUCGACAGUCAAUCAGUGUUUCUUCACAGAUAAGGCAUUGUAUGUCGUCGUCUGGAACUUGGCACUGGGGGAAGAAGCUGUUGAAAAUCUUCAGUUCUGGUUGCUAAAUAUUGAGGCCAAGGCUCCAAAUUCAGUUGUGCUGGUAGUGGGGACACACCUUGACUUGAUCGAAACUAAAUUCCGCGUUGAACGGAUCGCCACCCUGAGAGCAUACGUCCUGGCUCUCUGUCGAUCUCCUUCUGGCCCGAGAGCCACUGGCUUCCCGGACAUCACAAUGAAACACUUACAUGAGCUCUCCUGCAGGACUCUGGAAGGCCUGGAUGGGCUGCGCCAGCUGAUCUACACCAUCACUUGCCAUAUGAAGGACGUUGGGAGUUCUAUUUGCUCACAGAGACUUGUUGGGAGAUUGAUCCCAAGGAGUUACUUGAGCCUCCAAGGAUCCAUCAUAGCUGAACAACUGAACAGAAGUCAAAACGACAACGUACAGUAUCUAACAGACAAGGAAAUAGAGCAAAUCGUAGAGAACACUCGAGGCAAUGACAUCAAAGACUAUGAAGACUUGCAAUCUGCAAUCAAUUUCCUGAUCGAAACAGGGACACUGCUGCACUUCCCAGACACAAGUCACGGAUUGAGAAACCUUUAUUUCCUCGACCCGGUUUGGCUGUCGGAGUGCCUGCAAAGGAUCUUCAACAUCAAAAGCUCAAAGUCAGUUGCGAAGAACGGUGUGAUCAAAGCGGAGGACCUCCGGAUGCUCCUGGUUGGGACGGGGUUCACCACACAGACGGAGGAACAGUAUUUCCAGUUCCUUGCCAAGUUUGAAAUUGCACUGCCGGUAGCCAACAACAGUUACCUCCUUCCCCACUUGCUUCCUGCCAAGCCAGCCCUCGAUAUCCAUGGCUUUCGCCACCGGACAACCAACACCAUCCAGAGGGUGUUCAAGAUGAGUUUUGUUCCCGUUGGUUUUUGGCAAAGGUUCAUAGCCCGGAUGCUCAUAAGUCUGGCAGAGAUGGACCUCCAGUUCGUUGAAAACAAGAAGACGGGCAAGAGCAGGAAUAAGAGAGCCGCUGUCUACAGCUUCACAGGCACACAGCGCAACAGAUGCAGCACUUUCAGGGUGAAAAGAAACCACACCAUUUACUGGCAAGAGGGGCUGUUUGUCACCUUUGAUGGAGGCUACCUGAGUGUUGAGUCUUCCAACGUAAACUGGAAGAAGAAGAAAAGCGGCGGCAUUAAAAUCAUCUGCCAGUCAGACAUGAGAGAUUUUUCAGCAAUGGCUUUCAUCACCGAUCAUGUCAAUUCUCUAAUAGACCAAUGGUUUCCAGCACUCACAGCCACAGAGAGUGACGGGACUCUGUUAAUGGAGCAAUAUGUCCCUUGCCCAGUUUGUUCCACCCCUAAAAGGCAAGAAGAAAAAGGCAGCCAGGAAACGGAAGACAUGCAAUACUUCAACAUGGAGGAUUGUGUCCUAACCGCCAUUGAGCUGGACAGCAUCACCUGUGCUCACCACCCAGCCAUACCUGUCCCUUUACAGGAACUGGUCCCUGAGCUUUUCAUGACAGAUUUUCCUGCCAGAUUGUUUCUAGAAAACAGAAAGCUAGAAUACACUGAAAAUGAAAACAAUGUUCUUGGCCAAGGAGGAAGCGGAACGGUUAUAUAUCAGGCGCGGUACGAAGGGAAGCCAGUGGCCGUGAAGCGAUUUCAGAUUAAAAAAUGCAAGAGUUCUGCUGGUUCGGCUACAGACUCCAUGUUGAGGCACCUGCAGGCCAUGGAUGCCAUGAAGAACUUCUCCGAGUUCCGCCAGGAAGCCAGCAUGCUCCACUCACUGCAGCACCCAUGUGUCGUCUCCCUGAUUGGGAUUAGCAUUCACCCACUCUGCUUCGCCUUAGAGCUGGCUCCUUUGGGCAGCCUCACCACCGUCUUGUCAGAAAGCUCUAAAGGGGCAUCCUUUGUGCCACUAGGGCACAUGUUGACCCUAAAAGUAGCCUACCAGAUAGCAGCAGGCCUGGCCUACCUCCACAAGAAGAGCAUCAUUUUCUGUGACCUGAAGUCAGACAACAUUCUAGUCUGGUCUCUAGAUGUGAAGGAAAGCAUCAAUAUCAAACUGUCUGACUACGGGAUAUCUCGACAGUCCUUUCACGAAGGCGCUCUGGGAGUAGAGGGCACACCAGGGUACCAGGCCCCGGAGAUACGACCUCGGAUUGUCUAUGAUGAAAAGGUGGACAUGUUUUCCUUUGGAAUGGUGCUCUAUGAGGUGUUGUCUGGGCAGCGGCCUGUGCUUGGCCAGCACCAGCUACAAAUUGCUAAGAAGCUAUCCAAGGGGAUCCGACCUGUCCUGGGCCAGCCCGAAGAGGUACAGUUCCAUCAGAUGCAGGCGUUGAUGAUGGAAUGUUGGGACACUAAGCCCGAAAAGCGCCCAUUGGCCACCUCUGUGAUAGGACGAAUGAAAGAACCUACUUUUGCUACGUUCAUGUACCUGCUGCCAUGUGGGAAGCAGUUGUCCUUCUUCUCUUCCCAAGGGGAAGAGUGCACAGUCGUAUUCUGGGAUGGGAAAGAAGAUGCAAGGAACUACACAGUAGUUAACAUAGAGAAAGGACUGGUAGAAGUUGCAAGGAUGAGCUGUCCAGGAAUGAAGCUGUGCUGCCAAACGAAAGUUCAGAGUUAUCUAUGGACGGCCACAGAGGAUCAAAAGAUUUACGUGUACAGCUUACAAGGCAUGUGUCCUCUAAAGGUUCCACAAAAGGGUGUGGACACUCCAGCAGUUGUCACUUGUUUCCUUGCAGUCCCUGUCAUAAAAAAGAAUGCCCACCUUGUCCUGGCUGGUUUAUCAGACGGACUGAUAGCUGUUUUCCAAACGUCACACGGUAUCCCCGAGGACGGCUGCUGCUACCUCUGCUCCCACACGGCUAACCGCUCCACAUUUAAGAUCAGUGACAACGACGCCCGCCAGAACCCUUACCCCGUGAAAGCGAUGGAGACAGCCAACAACGGGGCCGAAGUUUGGUACAGCAAUGGCCCUGGGAUCCUCAUCAUAGACUGUGCAAGCAUGGAGAUUGCCAGGAGGCUGGAGCCCUACGAACCGCCGUCCACGGUUGUGUCCAUUGUGUGCAGCUCGGAGUGCAACGGGGAGGAAGUGGCCUGGUGCCUGGAUGACGCAACCAACCUCCUGGUUAUGUAUUACACAGCCACUUACCAGCUGUGUGCAAGGUACUUCUGUGGGGACUGCAGCCCCUUGAGGGACAUGUUCACUAUUCAGCAGCCCUCGGCCUUGAUCCCCGCUGAGCUGGCUACAGACCAGAGCCCGGAGGCCAAGAGCAAUGUUUCGGCUGAUGUGGGGAUCCUCCGCAGCCAAGAGCUUGGCAUCCAGAUAUUAAACCACCAGGACUCUCUGACGGACUAUUGCUCUGUGUCCUCUUUCUCCUCCUCAUCGGUCAACCACUUGACGAGGUCCGCCUCGAGCAUGCUGAGCUCCCCUGCAAGCUCUUCCAGCGCUCCUUUCUCAACAGACUGUGAGGAGCCCGACAUGACGCAGGAGCCUAAGACUCCCUGCGAGGGGCCCGACAAUGAUUUGGAACCAGCCAGCACCCACGCUGGCUGCCUCCAGGCUGUAAGGAUCCUCCCUGUGAAAGACCUCCUCUGGAUUCCCAGGCGAGGCGGAGAUAUCAUUGUGAUCGGCUUGGAGAAGGAAGCCAUCUCUCAGCGGGGGAGAGUCAUAGCAGUUCUGAAGGCGGCAGAGCUGGCCCCUUAUGGGACACUGGUGGAUGCUGCUGUACUGACCAAGGACACGGUUGUGUGCUGCUUCAAGAAUGAGGCCACAGAGUGGUGUUUGGCCGUCUGGAAGAGCUGGGGUUCCAAAGACUUUGACAUUUUCUACCGGUCCUAUGAAGAGCUGGGAAGGCUGGAGGCUUGCAUGCGAAAGAGGAGGUAGCAGUUGUGGCGGAGAGGCAGAGACUGGGUGCUCAGCGAACGACAGAAAAACUGACACACCGUUUCAGUUCCCAGCAAUCUCCGUGUAAGGAUCUCCAAGGACACUAGGCGUUUGCUGUUCAAUUUUGCUGCUAAAGGACAUUCUAGGUGGCUUCUAGCCGUGAUGGUGAUGCUGUGCCACCACAGUCGGAGGCAGUAUGUCUUUGAAUACCAGUCGCUGGAAACCUCAGGAGGGGAGAGUGCUGUUGCGCUCAUGCUUGGGGGCUUCUCAUAAGCAUCUUGGUUGGCCACUGUGGAAACAGGAUGCUGCACUAGAUGGGCCAUUGGCCUGAUCCAACAGGGUUAUUUUUAUGCACUUAGGUGGUUCCCCACCCCACGUUGUCUACAAUGCAUUUGGAUUUUCAGCUAGCUAAGCAAUAGUCAGUGGGAAGACCACCCCCGCCCUUAAUCUAUUCACGCACGCAUGUGGAUAUGCGCAGCAAGCUUUGUCUUCCAAAACACAGAGGGUGACCCCAAAGUCACACAUCAGCUUCCUGAUUCCAUAGCAAUAAUAAGGCACAGAAUACUGCUGUAGAUGGAGGUAGCUUCUUCCUAAAAUUAUCCAGAGGUUUUGGUCUGAGCAGCAGUACGGAGGGAGAGAGACGAAUCCCACUUUUGAUACUGUUUGCAAGCUUCAGGAUGGACAUACUGCUUCGUUUCUAAUCCGUGCAUGUCACCAAUGUUCCCGGGAGUGGGUGGGGCGGUGUUGGGAAGUGGUGUCCAGCUUUUGUUGCAGAAUAGCAAAAGAGUGCCCCAGUAGAUGGCAAUAAUGCCCAUCACAGAACAACAGAUAAAGCAGAAUGAUGUGUGGACAGUCCAGUAUAAACCCACCGUUAAUGCACUAUUACUGCAUCAAUGCCACAUUGCAGAAUAUGCC